UAGAGAACAAUGUCGUUAGACGUACUAAGGCAAACUAAAUUAUUUUACCACUUUUUUUUUCUAUUUUCCUCCUGAAAAAUGACCACAGGAAAAAAGCAAUUAUUUUAUUUGGAUUAUCCUUAACACAUCUAAACUAUUUCUCGUCUGUGUGAAAUUGACGACAACCCAUUUUUCUCGAAAAAAAAAUAAUCUUCUUCACGCAUUCUUAGCCAUGCAAAAAGGAAGACAUCGUAAUUUGCAGAAAAAAAGAAAAAAAGAAGAUUAUUCAACUACACACAAUGAUUUGGAUUUUUAUUUACAAGAAGUUGAGAGUCUCAGUGAAUUGCCAUUGAAUCGAUUGAUUCAAUUGAAAUCGAUAUUUUUUGACAAAAAUGAUAAUGAAGAGAAUGAAAAUAUAACGGCGAGCAGUAGAAUGUCAUCUCUUUCACUUCCGGCUGCACUUCCACUUAGACGCAGUGAUAAACAACCAAUAAGACGAUAUGAAGAGUGGCAUGAAAAAGGCGAGAAGGAUACGAAAAUUUCAAAAAUUUUUCAACUCACCAUAACGACAUUGUCAUUUUUGGCGUUUGGUGGCUAUUUACUCACAUUAAUUAUUAUGGCAAUUAGACGAACAACUACGCCAACCGCUGCAAGCGUUAUACUUCUCUCGGAUUUAAAGAAUUUGAAUAAAUUAUCGAGACCGAAGAGAAAUAUUUUUUUAUUGGAUCCAAUGGAAAAUGAAUUUGAUACUGAGAGGAUGUACAAAGGAAUGAUAAUGCUUUCUCGAGGAUAUGCACUUUAUAAUCAGUAAAUAAAUAUAAAAUAUCAGAGGAAUGAAAUAAAAUAUU